UGCACCCGCAGGGUCACUGUCGACUAUCAUCGUGCAAGGCGUCUGAUCACUGAGUCUAGUUCAUCACUGAUCAGACGCUCAUGUCGAGUUCAUCGUGCGGGCAGCCGCUGCCUCCGUCCUUCAUGGACCUGGUAGAGUUGAAGCUCAGGGAGGAGGGUAAGUGCAUACACGACGAGGGCUCCCUACAGCUCGACGCCGUGUCGCUCGCCCACGGCUUCACGUCGAAGGACGCCGAGUUCCUGCAGGAGAUGUCUCAGAUGAACUCGAUGUCGCUGCGCAUGUGCCGCAUAAAAAAGGUGGGUGCCGAACAUGGGAAAAUCAACGUACAUAGAUCUGUGGUGCGCUGUUGCUGGUACUUGCGUGUUGGUGUGGAUCUGUCAGAUGGACAACUUCGUGGUGCCAAAGGAGCUGGUGUCCCUGGCCAUGGUGGACAAUCGCAUCAAGGUUCGCUGGUUCGUACAGGGAUGCCUGCAUCCGGAGGUUGCAUGAAUCUGAUCUGUCAGGGAGGCCUGGAGGUGCUCAGCACGAACAAGAACAGCAAGCUGGUGCAGCUCAACCUAGCAGGCAACCCCAUCGACAGCAUCGACGCGCUCAAGCCACUCGUGAGACCCCGACAGAUCGCUCAUAUUCAUCACCUGGUAUUUGCCUCACGCCUGUGUUGAUUUGAUGUGUCAUCCCCUCAGAAGAAGCUCAAGCACCUCAAGUCACUCGAUUUGACCCUGACGCCCCUGAUGGAAGCCGACUCCUCCAGCAACACAGAAGGCAACCGCACCGCCAUCCUCAAGAUGCUCCCAAAGCUGAAGGCAAGCAACAAACUACCACUGGCCAGCGCUUCUCUCUGUCUGUCCAUUGUUGUUCGUGCAGGUGUUGAACGGCCUCGACCGCGAUAGCCGUGACGUGGUAGACCGUGGCGAGAACCGUUACGACGCCGACGAGGGCAUGGCCGAUGAUUUGGAGGCCGAGCCGAUGGAUGGGGGCGAGGGAGGCGAGGGCGGCGGCAACGGAGAAGGCGAUGGGGGAAACGGCCAACAGGGCGGACAAGACCAGCAGCAGCAGGGGCAGGGCCAGCAACAGCAAGACGGUAGGCAUGGAUGCACGGACGGACACCUCCUCGACGCAUGGAUGUGUCACACCCCUGCAUGUCUGAAUACACGCACUCAGGUGGUGGCGACGGUGGUGCGGGUGGCGGUGGCGCGUCUGGUGGUGAUGGUGGUGAUGGUGGGCAUGGUGGUGAUGGUGGUGGUGACGGUGACGACAAUGAGGGUGACGGUGACGGUGACGAAGAAGAUGAAGACGGGGACGAUGGCGACCGCGUAGACCUCAAAGCCUUCUAUGAGGGGGUCAGGCACACCGUACCACACCACACCAUACGACAAAAUGAAGCAUAGAAUGGUGUACGGUGCGUCUGUAUUUCAGCAAAUACCUGACGACGAGGAAGACGAGGACGAAUUCCAGCCGGGGGAUGACGAAGCUGACGAAGACCUACCCGGUAUGCCAAGCCUCCACGUGCACGUGCCGUGCUCCUGCCGUGGGUUGUUCGCCCUCAUGGACCGAUGGAUGGAUUUGUGCAGAUGACAUCGACGACGAGGAGGACGAGCAAGAGGAGGACGGCGGAGGGGACAAGGACGGCGAUACCGCCGGCCGAGGUGCAGACACAGUCACUAGUGAAUGACCGGGCGCAUCGGUGCGUCUGUCACGUUGGUAUGAAUGGGGGAUGCGUGUUUGCUUGUUUGUUUGUUGGUUUGCUGGUUUGUUCAGGUGUGAAGCGUGCGGCAGAGGGUGCGGAUGAGGACGGCGAGGAUCGCCCCGCCAAAGCCGCCAAGUGCGAGUAGACGACAAGACACACAGACACUAGACCAGCGUAGAAUACCAUAACCAUGAUAUCCAGCACUUACACGUGCUGCCGAUGGUGGGAUGGGAUGGGGCGGGUGGCUGGGUGUGCUGUAGCAUACAUAUGGCAGGCAGACCGUUUUAUGACAUAUGGAUGGAUGGAUGGAUGAUGCAUGAAUGGCUGGUCGGUAGGUAGUGGGUGUCCGCCUCCUCUUCCUUCAUGUCUGCCUGUCUGUCUGUCUGUCUGUCCGUCCGUGAUGCGUCUGCAUGAUCCGUGACCCUCUCCACCUCUUCUCUGGACGUUGCGUGUGUCUGUCGCUCUUUCUUUCUUUCUUUCUUUCUUUUGUUCUAGCUGUGUCAGUGUCUGUCGGUCGGUCGGUUUGUUUGUAUCUCUGGAGUGCCCACUUCUAUCUUGCCGAAUGACUGACUCAGUGAGUGCCAUAGUAGCCGCCGGAGAUGGACACUGUCGGAAGACGCACGAGACCUGCUGGAUGAAAGAUUCAUUAUG